AAUUCAUUAAAUUUUAACAAAUCUUAUUUGCGAAUUGUCUUAUGAUCUGAUCAGCAACCCCACACAUUGGUGCAUAUAAGGCAGUGCCAUUCUUGUCUUGAUACAAGAAUAACAUGGCUUCUUACAACAUAUUUCUGCUGGUCCUCGUUGCUUCUAGUGCCUUCAUGAUUUUGGAAGCUAAAGGCAAGCUUUCCCUCUCCCCAACUCACUACUCAUCCACAUGUCCCAACGUAUUAUCCAUUGUUAAAAAAGCAGUCAUAGAAGCCAUAAACAAAGAAACUCGUAUUGGGGCUUCUUUACUCCGCUUGCAUUUCCAUGAUUGCUUUGUAAAUGGCUGUGACGCAUCAAUACUGUUGGAUGAUAUUCCCGGCAGCUUUGUUGGAGAGAAAACGGCAAAUCCUAAUAACAACUCAGUUCGAGGAUUCGAAGUUGUCGAUGACAUUAAAGCCAGGUUAGAGAAAGCAUGUCCCGGAGUGGUGUCCUGUGCCGAUAUUCUUGCUCUGGCUGCUCUUGACUCGGUUGUUUAUUUAGGGGGCCCUUCUUGGGAAGUCAGUCUGGGAAGAAAAGAUUCUACCACAGCAAACAUCACUGCGGCCAACACUUUUAUCCCUCCACCUACCUCCAACCUGAGCGGCCUGGUAGCAAACUUCUCUGCACAGGGACUUUCAUUUAAGAACAUGGUGGCACUUUCAGGUUCACAUACCAUUGGCCUGGCCAGAUGCACAUCAUUCCGAGCCCACAUAUACAAUGACUCCAAUAUUGACUCCUCCUUUGCCAAGUCAUUGCAGCAAAUAUGCCCCAAAGUUGGAAAUAAUAACACUCUUGCACCCCUUGAUCGUCAAACCCCGACCCUUUUUGAUAACAGGUAUUUUAAGAAUUUGGUGAAAGGGAAGGGUCUUCUACAUUCAGAUCAGGAGCUCUUUAAUCGGGCCGCUGCUGAUUCCCUGGUUGAAAAAUAUGCUACCAACCAGAAAAAAUUUUUUGACGACUUCGCCAAGGGUAUGGUUAGAAUGAGCAGAAUCAAGCCCCUCACUGGAAGUGAAGGAGAGAUCAGAAAAAAUUGCCGGAAAGCCAAUUAAAAAAAAAAGUGCAAAUGUACUUAAGAUUAUGGCUAUAUGUAGAUGCAUUAAGCUACAAAUUUAUGUUGAGAAUUGUGUGCAAUUUAUCUUCGCCUUGACAGGUGACCAUGUUUAUCAAUAAACACCUGGUUUCCGCGGACAGAUAAACCAUUUGUUCAGUGUAUUUCAAGUUUUUUACUAAAUUUAAUAAACUUCUUUGUAGUCA